CGCGGGGCCCAGACCGGAAGCGGAAGUCCUGACGGGGCCGUUGGAUGCGCAGACGUUUGAGGCGGUUGGUGGCCACCACGUGAACUGGCGGCGGCCAGACGAUCCCUAGCGGUGCGGCCAGCGGGCAGCGAGCGUGAUGGACACUCCCCCGCUCUCUGGCUCCGACUCGGAGUCUGAAGAGUCUCUUGUCACGGACAAAGAGUUGCAGGAUGCGUUUUCCCUGGGAAUGCUGAAACCCGGCCUCAAUGUGGUUCUGGAGGGGCCGAAGAAGGCGGUGAACGAUGUGAAUGGCCUGAAGCAUUGUCUGGCCGAGUUCAAGCGGGAUCUGGAGUGGGUUGAACGACUGGACGUGACCCUGGGGCCGGUGCCGGAAAUCAGCGAACCCCAGUCGUCGACGCCGCAGAACAAGGAUUCGAAGGCUGUUGAUCCGGAGGACGACUUUAAGCGGGAGAUGAGCUUCUACCGGCAGGCCCAGGCCGCAGUUCUUGCAGUAUUACCCCGGCUGCAUCAGCUAAAAAUCCCUACCAAGCGGCCCACUGAUUAUUUUGCAGAGAUGGCCAAGACUGACCAGCAGAUGCAGAAGAUUCGACUGAAGCUGCAGGCUAAACAAGCUGCCAUGGAGAGAUCUGAGAAGGCCAAGCAACUGCGAGCACUUCGGAAGUAUGGAAAGAAGGUGCAAACAGAGGUCCUUCAGAAGAGGCAGCGGGAGAAAGCACAUAUGAUGACUACCAUUAAAAAAUACCAGAAAGGUUUCUCUGAUAAACUGGAUUUCCUUGAGGGAGAUCAGAAACCUGUCGCACGGAACCCGAAGGAGGGCACUAAAGGCCAGCAGCCAAAGAAGGGUCCCAAUGCCAAACGACGCUAUAAAAAUCAAAAGUUUGGUUUUGGUGGAAAGAAGAAAGGCUCCAAGUGGAACACGAAAGAGAGUUAUGAUGAUGUAUCCGGCUUCAGGGCCAAGAAAGCUCAUGGCAAGGGCCUUAAGAGGCCUGGGAAGAAAGGACCCAAUAAGAGACCUGGAAAAAGAACAAGAGAGAAAAUGAAGAGCAGAGCACGCUAAGCUUUUGGAAGUUGAUGAACCUCUUUGGAAACUGAAGAAACAGGAAUCCUCCCAGUUUGUGAGACAAACAUUACCCUGCUACAAAAGCAGAGACAUCACAAAAGAGGAAAACUAUAGACCUAUAUCCCAAACAUAAAUGCAGAGAUC